AUGUGGAAGGGUGAUAGCCUAUGCAUCAAGACAAUUAAAGCAGUACGAGAAAAAUUAUCCGACGCACGAUUUAGAACUUGCAGCGGUAGUUCACGCUCUCAAGAUUUGGCAUCAUUACUUAUAUGGAAGCAAGUGGACAAGAUUAUAGCAGGUCAAAGGGAUGACUCUUUCUUGGAAAAGAUAAAGGUAGAAGUUGGAACCGAGAAAAGGAAGGGAUUUGAGAUAAGCAGUGAUAAAACACUUAUGUUUAAAGGCAGACUGUGUGUACCUAAGAAUGAAGAAAUAAGGAAGGAGACUAUGACUGAGGCUCAUUCUGCUUCUUAUGCUGCACACCUGGGCUCUACAAAGAUGUACAAAGACUUACGUAAUACCUUUUGGUGGAGGAAUAGCUUUAUUUGUGUCGAAGUGUAUUGUCAACAAGUGAAAGCGAAGCAUCAAAAACCAUCAGGGCUAUUAAAUCCAUUGGACAUACUAGAAUAG